CCGGUCUUUCUUCCAUGAUCCUCUCUCCUCCUCUUCCUCUCCUCGCUGAGCUGCGUCUCUGUCCGCCGGCGCCGCAUCAUCUGCAUCCCUAACAUGGGAACACAAAGCUGCCGUUCUUCCAUCUAGACGGGAAGUCGCACCUCACAGAGUCAAGAUGGGGGGCACAGUGAGUGAGGAGCCACCAGUCUCCCCCAGCUGGCUGAGCCCUGAUCCCACAGCAUGGGCCAGCGGGGCCCCGAUGGACAACAGCACCAGCUUGGGGUCGUUCCCAGCGGAGGACUCCCCCCUGCGGCCCAGCCAGCUGCCACUGCUGGUCAACCCCUGGGACAUCGUGCUGUGCUCAUCGGGGACCCUGAUUGCCUGCGAAAACGCCUUGGUGGUGCUGGUGAUCUGGCAGAACCCGACGCUCAGAGCCCCCAUGUUCCUCCUGAUCGGCAGCCUGGCUCUGGCCGACCUGCUGGCCGGCCUGGGCCUGGUCCUUCACUUCACCUGUGCCUACCUGCUCCGCUCGGACUCGGCCCAGUUGCUAACGGUGGGUCUGGUGGUGGCUUCCUUCUCGGCCUCCGUCUUCAGCCUGCUGGCCAUCACCGUCGACCGCUACCUGUCGCUAUACUACGCCCUCACCUACAACUCGGAGAGGACGGCGGCCUUCACCUACACCAUGCUGGUGUUGCUGUGGGGUCUCUCCCUGUGUCUCGGCCUGCUGCCAGUCACAGGGGUCAACUGCCUGGCCGAGGAGGUCACCUGCAGCGUGGUUCGACCUUUGACCAAGAACAACAUUGCAGUCCUGUCCGUCUCCUUCCUGCUGCUCUUCGGCCUCAUGCUGCAGCUUUACGUCCAGAUCUGCAAGAUCGUGAUGCGCCACGCCCACCAGAUCGCUCUGCAGCACCACUUCCUGGCUGCCACGCCCCACUACGUCACCACCCGGAAGGGCGUGUCCACCCUGGCCAUCAUCCUGGGCACCUUCGCCGCCUGCUGGAUGCCGUUCACUGUCUACUCCCUCAUAGCCGACUACACCUACCCUCCGCUGUACACCUACGCCACGCUGGUGCCUGCCACUUACAACUCGGUCAUCAACCCGGUCAUCUACGCCUUCAGGAACCAGGAGAUCCAGAAGGCGCUGUGGCUGGUGUGCUGUGGCUGCGUGCCGACCAGCGUGGCGCACCGUGCUCGGACACCCAGCGACGUGUGACCUCGGAGACCCCGGGUGGGACGAGAAGGGUCAGCUCUGCUCCUCCGCUGGAGCCGUCCAGCGUUACGAGGAGGGCAGCAGCGUAGGGACGCGGGUGCAGCUCUGGUUGGAGACGCAGCAGCCCGCCGUGUCUUCCUGUCUUCCCAGCGCCAGGCCAAGAAGGUGGGCUGCAUCCUGCCCACUCUGUGUGUUCUUAAUUUCUACCGGAAAGUGCAUCCCCAUGUUCCGGUGCGCGAAAAAAAAACGCAAGCCCUCUGACAGCUCUGUAGCUUUGCUUGUUUUCAUGAUGCACAGAAAUGAUCCCAGCUGAUGAACAGCGGCUGAGCAACACUUGAAGCCCGUUUGGGGCAGCAGCAGCAGCAGCAGCGGCCCGGUUGCUGCCGCCGCCGCCACCGCCGCCGCUGCUGCACUCUGGACGUGCGUCGAAAGCUGAGCAGACCCGGAGAGCUAAAAAUAGACCCGAUGCUCUCUGAUCCGCUCCACAGACGCCGGGGAAGAAAUCUAGCCUCUUUUUCUUCUCGCCUCGCCCAUUUCUCUCCCCCCUCCUCGCUGCUUUCUCUCCUCUCUCUUCUGGCUGUCGAUUGCGCAUGAAUGCGCAACAAUAAGAAAGGUUCCAAACAGACCCGCCCAAGCAGUACCUGCCCUCUGUAUUUUUGUUAGUUUAUAUAUACCAAACCAAAAAGAAAGCCUAUAUUUAACUCUUUUUAAAAAAAAAUCUAUUUAAAGACAUCUCAGGAUCUAUUUGGAGAUCCACUUCACCAAAGUUUUCCACAUUUCUUGUGAUUUGAUCAGAAAGCUACCGAAACCAUUAGAUUUAAAGCAAAACCACGCCAGACUUUUCCUUAAAAUCAAUCAAACUCACUUUAGUUAUAGUUUCUAAUCUAUAAAACAUUUCAUUCCGAGUUGUAUCUGUUUCUAUCUAAAAUGAAAUCCUGUAAAAAGGAAGCAUCCGCACAAACAUGUCUGUUGUGACCUCACAAAAGGUGUGAGGAAUCUGUCCAGCGUUAUUCUGACAAAAUCCGUUUAUAUUAUUGUUUUACUUUCCCCUCUACGUUCAUCAUUUCGAUCAAAUUCUUCAAUCAACAUAGGGUUGAACUUCUUGCUCGAAUUCAGCUCAGAAUGAGUGUUCAAAGUCGUCCAUCAUAACCUUUGCUAAUGCAGGCUGUUUAGCUUGGUUCUCGUGCCUCUUGUGAUGUCACCAACCCAAAUAUAAAGAUGUAUUUUUUUUCCCGUCAGCACCCUUUUU